CAAAUAUAUUAUAUAUUAUUAUUUAUUAUUAUUAUUAUUAUUAUUAUUAUUAUUAUAUUAGAAUACUUUAAAUACUUCUCCAUCACAAUGGUUUAUUAAAUCACUAGAUUCCAUUUAGUCAAACGAUUUAUUAAUUAGAAAACCAGCUUCCGAGCUUUUGUUAUUGUCUCAAACCUUAUGUUUAGAUUAUAAUUGUUUGUAACGCAAUAACAACAUUUACGACAGGAAUGUCGAUGGUCCACUACAUUGGGUCCUGAGGAGGUCGCUUCCGAAUGACGUCUUCCCAUAACAACCACAACCAAGCUUGGCUUGCUCACUGUGCGAGCGAAACGUGAUUAGAAGACUAUGGGUUUAUGGACAUAGGGACACAUUUGUAGACAUAGAUAUCAAUGUAUUCUAAUAUAAAACUAUAAUUUAGACAUAACCCGACACAGACAUCUGAGUAUGUGAUUAUUAUAGGGGUUGGCAAGCUAGUUUAAUGUUAGUUUGCUAACCAACACACUUCCCAUUCAACGACUGCAGUCAACCUUAUGAGUUGCUCCUUCAAUUGUAGACUCUAGACUUUAUUCAAUAAAAUCAAUUUGAAAAUGGCAAAUGUCGACACUUCGGUGACAGGUGGAUCCAUGGUGAGCGGACACUCGACAUGGGCUUGCAGAAGUGAACAGAAACUGUCAGAGCUGUUUCUCCCCAUUCAUCUCAUUCAGGACAAGCAUCUCACUGACCUAGACAGCGCCACAACAAACGGGGGUUCAUGUGUGGGGCUGUUGGAGCAGGGGGAACAGGGCUCUCCUUGCGUCAUUUCACUGUGCUCGGCGUCACAGCCCCCUUCCCUGAUCACCAGCCUGCUGGUGACGAGCGAGGCCCGAACCAUCGAGGUCUACUCCCAGAGUGGGGACUACUGUGGCACCAGUAGAGGGGAAAGGGAUAACGGCAUAGAGACCAACGGGGAUGAAGACCGGGGACCGUUUUAUAAGACGCACCUGAUACUUGAAUCCCCAUGUGUAUCCUGCGACGUAAAGCUUCUCUCCCUGGGCGGGAGGAGCCAUGUUGCGGUAUCUCGUAUCCUGGUUGGCCUACAGGCCCAGGGUCCCUCGCCUCAUGCAGACUGUAGCCCCGCCCCAGGCCUGGGCUUAGGCCUGGGCCCCAGCAUCGACAUGCAGCGGGUCCAGACCCUGGUGGGGGAGAUGGGCUCCAGCCUCUCUCCCGGAGCCCAGAGCCUCAUGGACAUGGUGAACGUCCAGCAGAAGAACCAGGCCAGUGCUCUGGGCGGGCUGCUGCCCCUCCUGUUGGGGAGCGGGGCCUUCUCGGCCCUGGCUGGAGGCGGCGCCGGGCCCCUAGCCAUGGUCCGGAAUGGACCCCUUCCAACAACCUGCAUGCCUGCAGCUAACCGGCCCCCAGGAGGUCCAGCUCCUCCGGCCCAGAACGGAGCUCUGGGAUCGGAUGUUUCUCCCUCCUCAUCGCCUGGAGACUCUAAGGAUACAAAUGCCCAGGAACCAAUCGACAGAGCCCAGCUUGCAGAGAUGAUGUCUCACUUCCUGAACGGCCAGGCCCCGGGCCGAGUCGGGGGUGGUGGUGGCGGCCUUGAGCUGGGCCCCACCCCCGCUCACUUCCUGCCCAUGCUGCAGAGCGUGUGCGGUCAGGUGACCCAGCUGAGGCUGGACGACGCAGCGAAGAACGGAACCUGGGAGCUGGACGAGGCGAUGGAGCGGCGCCUGGAGGACAUGGAGCGCAGGCUGAAGGAGCACGUGGACCGGCGGCUGGACGCCCUGGAGCUGAAGCUGGAGCGGCUGCUGCUGGCCGCCCUGCCCGCCACCGCGGCCCUGGGCCUGGCAGCCGGACCGCCGGAGGCAGGGGUCGGGCUGGUGGACGGCCGGCCGUCUCUGGAGCCGCUGCACACGGCGUGAGACCGGGGAGUGAGACCGGGGCCCCCCCAGAGGGAAAGAAAGGUCAAAGGCUAACAAGACUAUUGCUUUAAUCUCGGACGACAAGACCGUCGGAUUCAGACCAGCAUGUUGCUAACCCAAGCUAUGCUAACUCCAGAGGGACCGAGAGGGGACGGAAUAAUCGGACACCGAAAGCUCCUGCUUUAGGGAAGAAAGUUCACCCCAAAAAAUAUCUAACAACUGAUUUGUAGUGUGAAUUCAUAUCAGUGGUUGAUGUGCGCCCCUUGAAUCCAAGAUGAGCCACGGCCAAACGGAGCGUAUUGGUAUAAGAGUGUUGCUAUGGGUGAGAGGAUAGCGUAGCAGCCCAGACCACGGCCCGGCCCCCUUGAGCCCAGAAGGUCCUGGUUCCAGUAUCCCUCUGUCCAGUUGGAGUCACAAAGUUGUAUUUUACUGUACUGAACUCUAGAUAGAACAAAGGAUGUCAUCAGGUCUAUGUGGAAAAGCACUGAUACUGGAUAUAAGGUUUCCAACCAACAAACGUGUUGGUUUGAAGGCUAUUGUUAACAGGAUGGAGUACAUGGGAUAACUAAAUUAUAACGUGUAUGUGUCACUAAAUAACCCUUGUGUCCCUUAGCAAGACUCUCAAACUGAGCAUAGCAUUUUGGGUAAAAGCCCCAAAUACAUAGACUCCUAAAUGUAAAAGUCUAUUUAUGCGUUAGCAAACCUCAGUACUUCAAGUGUGCUGAAGUAGACCCCGUUUUAUUUUCAUGCCAACUGUGAACUGUUGGUUUUAAUGUGGGACUGUACAUAUCAAUGCCUUGUAACAAUACUGUCUGCAACUGUAAAAUGUCGAAUGGAACUUAAUAUUUUACCUGUUAUACAUUUUUGUUUACUGCUCUGCGACACGUAGAGCAGGAAUAAAAUAUAUUUGUGCAAUACUAAA